GGGAAUAAAAACAAAUCCAUUCCUCUAUCUGCCUUCUUCAUGCCCGACAACCGCUGUUUCCAGCGCCCAUCGCCCGCUAUAGCCACUGCUCUUCGCCAGCCAUUCUCAUGACACUCGCAGAAGCAGCUCCCGAUGGCGAACCAACUGAGGAAGCCGGCGACAUCCAGCUUGCCGUCUUCUCUGCGGAUAAUGAAGCUGCGAUUCACCUACUAGAAACCAUCGAAUGCAAAGUAUCGCCGCCCGCCCUCAAGAGCGACGAAAACGCAAUUGGCUAUCAGCUGUCGGUGCCCUCUUCGUGCGACAGCUUCGACUCCGGCCGCUUUAGAUGGCGCAUCGGUGCCGGUCCAUCUCCAGCACUGGUUGAGAAAGGACUGUGCCACUGCAAGCCCGAUAUUCUUCUUUGUCCGCCUGGCAGAACGCCCAGCUCGACGGCAGUCCGCCGAUUCAUCAAAGACAUUCACGCCACCAUCCAUAUCCAUCCGCGAUCACGCGUCCUACUGCUCAAGACGCACUCUAGCCGGCCUAUUGUCUACGAACAGGGCGACGUGGACGAUGGCGACUUAGUCUUGGAUGCAUCACCAAGGAGGAAUACGUGCGUUUUGCGGCGACAACGGAACUAUCUUCGCUUCGGCCGAUACCGUUUUGUUUUCGAAUUUGUCGCCAGUGACCAAAGUCGCAAGAGCUUGAACUCG